AUCGCGAGAACCGUAAAUUUCAAUCAUUUCCAAGGUUGUUUAAGAAAACAAUUAUCAGGUAUAAAUGAUUGACAAAUUUCUCGAAAUUUUCCCAUCAUAUCAGUUCUGUAUCAAAUAAACUGCGUCGGCCAGACAGCUGCUCCUCGAGAACUUACCACUUCGUCGCACCCGAUUUAUGGCGGGGCGUAAUACGAUUUGACAUGAGUCCGGGUUGUUCGUUCAGCGCACAACUUUGAUAUCGCACUCUUCACAAGACUUAGAAAUACCUCCGCCAUGGCAUCAUCUCCCUCUAUAUCAACAAACCAGGCAGAUCCUGAGAAGGCUAAUGUGUGGAAAAAUGACUCUAUCGAGGAACGCAUCUUCUCGGCGUCUUUGAUAUGUCUGGAAGGUCACUACAACCAGGCUCCUACCAUGGGGUCUCAGUCUCUUGCUAAAGUAACCGGUAUCGUCUCCAAAACUUUAGAAAAGACGCAUACUUUCAAGGAUGUGAGAGAGAUAUUGUCAAGGAAUGUGAGAGUAUGGAUAUGGUUACGCCGCGCUGUAAGCGCUGCAAUAUGCGAUCUAAACGAGAAGUCCCUGGGCGUGCGAUCAGUGCCAUUUGUCCAGACCAGAUUUCUCGAUAUCACCACUCCCGAGGUCACCGCACUCAUUAUUAAGAACUAUGUACCCCUAAAAGAGGCUCUGCAGAUGCUGAACAAGCUUAUGCAUAUUGCCCGGAAUUUACUUGUUACCACCGAUCCUGGAAUACCCCAAGAUCUAUCGGCCGCUAUUCACUUUGACCAUGAAGUAUAUGAAUCGAUAUGUCUUUGCGUCAAUGUUACUAGCAAAGGAAUCGACGGAGAGAUGCCAGAGGACGAGGCUUCUAGAUCGAAGCUUAACGAAAUCACAGAGCUCUGUAAGAAGGUUCUUGUUACGUCUCUACAGCAGGCUCAUAACUGGAUCGCGAAGAAUGACCGCAACAAGAUGUCAUUUUGGUACAAGGUAUUGAUAGAAUCGCCAGACGCCGAUAGCAAUCCGGGACCAGAAGAUCGGCACGAAUCUGUUCUGGAUUAUCCAGCGCCUAGGAGUAUUCAUCUUCGAGAUGAGAUAUCUAACUGGGUUAAGCGAUCAGUACUGAUGUGUGACGCUGCGGUCAGGAUAUGUAAAGAAUUUUUCGAUUCGCAGUGUCCCGAGAAAAAGGAUCAGUGGCUACCCCAGCGUGGUAACCUCGGCGCCCCACCUCGUCAGUCGGACGAUUAUAACAAGGCGGCUGAGAUGGUCUCAAAGUGGGAUCCCGAGCAGACUAACAAAGCCGAGCAAGAUAGAGCGUACGGUCGUGUAUCUCAUGAACUCGACAAAUGGUGGUACGGCGCGCGUAUCCCAAACUCGAACGACUGGAGCUUGACAAUGUAUUCAAGCAUCGACUCUGUUCCACAACGCAUUAAGGAAUGCGAGGCAAAUCUCAUGCAACGCUAUGCUGCGGCCGAGCCCCAAGAGGAACCGAGCGAUGUAAUCGAACAUCCGUCAGAUGAUGGCAAUAGCCCAGAAUGGCAAGGCCAAGCGCCUCAGGCUAACCAGAAUUUCGCCCCGGAAUAUGACGAGUAUGAAGAAGAAGCCGACGACGACGAUUCAUAUGGGGAGGGCCCUAUGACCGGACUUCUUACAGAGGUGCCAAAUAUCCUUGAUCCUAAGCAGAUCGAGGCACUCCACAUGAUUGUCAAGUCUUGCAUAUUAGAUUCGGCGGGUUCUGGUUUCACGCCGUUCGGCGAGAAUCUGCAACAGACACGAUGCCGUAUCUUCCUCGCCACUGAUUGCGGCCGAAACCUUUUGCGAGAAAUGCUCGUCUUUAUCGCUGUGUGGGAAAAGGACGAACAGUCUCUUAUAUUUCAAAUUAGCAGCCAGAUUGUCCAGGCGAUCCACGAAAAUUCUUUAAUCCCUUAUGCAUGGAUGGCUCUUCGAAGCCCCAAAGACAUCAUAUCGCCAGCACAGACGGUUCUGCUUCGGCUUAUUACCUUUUUAUUUCGCACGGCUCUUGCGCCACCAAAAGACUACAACCCCUUCCCCGACCCUAAGACAGAAAACAUCGAGAGUAUUCUGGCGAAUGAGGAUGUUCGUCUAGGGAAAAUGUUAAAUUAUCUAUAUGGCAUCUUCCGAAGUCGUAUUGUUCCGGAGUGCGUCGCCCUGAUGCAGAUCCAAGGCGAGGUCCGCAAAGGCCGGCUAGAUCCUGCAGAUUUCCCGGUCGAUAACUGGGACCUGGAACGUGCUAAGGAUGGCUUGGUUCAAUACCUCGAUUUUCUUUACACCGUUGCGGAUAUCUUCCCCCUCCGACAACACCUCAUCGACUACGAAGCAGUAUAUGAACUGCUUAGGUUACUAGAAGGCCUCGAUGUUGGAGUAGAGAAAGCUCCCUUCCCUGGAACUCGGCGUAACGAGCCUCCCACAACACCCUCCACCACAACCUCGACGCCACAAGCAUCAUCAUCUAGUAACCCGCCACCACCCCCACCUCCACCUCCGCCGAUCUCCGAUCCACCCCACGAGUUCCCCUGGUCCGGUAUUAAAGGCCAAGUCCUAUCCAUCCUCGCAGCCCUCCUACAACCACCCCCCGGCCAGUCCUCUCCCGGCAACCCGACAGUGCAGCUGCAGAUCUUGCAACAUAAUGGAAUUGUGGCGCUGCUGAACUGCUGCUUGUACGACGACAAUAAUAGGUUCUGUCGCGAGCGCACGCAGCUCUGUCUCAAGUGGCUUAUGGACGGAUGUCCGGACGCGUCCGCCUUCCUGCAGAAUCUCGUCAGCGCUAACCAGCAGCCGGUAAUUAGACCGCCACCAGGCACGACGCAGAGCAUCCGCGUCGAUGGCGUAUCCGGAGAGGUUAGGGUCCAGGUGCGCAGCUCUAGCGCGCCGGUCGCUGGUGAGGUUGGUGAAGUAGUGGUUAGUGCGGAUGCGGCAAGCGCGAGUUUGAGGAGUAGGCUUGAGGAGAAUAAGAGUAGGAGCGAGGAGCUGGUCCAGGAUCUCCUAGCGUUAACGGUCGUGGACGAGAAUGGUAAAAUGACGAUUGCGCCGGAUGAGGACGAGACGGAAGAUGAUGAUUUUAUUUGAUGGUAGGGUUAAGGCAUAGGCGGGGGAUACCUUAGGUAGGGAAAUGGGGGUAGGAAGGAUAUGGCGGCUACGCGUCGUAUGGUGAUGGGGAUCACGGUUCGUGUAUGGGCUCUAGGUACAUCCUAGAUAUGUUGCAUAGGUGCAUUGCGUGGGAUUUGUUUAGGCGUUUAGGUAUGGUUUAUUAGGUACUUCUAGGGAUUGUGAAUAUACACAAUCUGAUUGCA